CUGAAACAGUGCCGCAGCCACCAGAUAUUAAACACACGGGUAGGAUUGAGCAAGUUUUGGGAGAAAAAGGGGGAGAAAUUGGGACGAGCAAGUGAUAUAAGAAGACGCUGGUAGAACAGGGAGACAGGGGGCUGCUGGACCGUCCUACCAGCCGCUCCUUUAGCCCGGAGGAGGGUGAGAGGCUGGCAUGGACCGCUUGUAACCUAACGGAGACCGUUCCGCCGUCCGUCUGCAGCGCGAGCGCGCCUUUGUGUUAAAAAGCAGAAUGACUGUAAUGAGGCGCUAGCUGUGUGUCGGAGCGGCUCAGCGGGACUUUAACCCUGCCUCAUUCUACACUGUGUGUCAAUGACCGCAUCACCCAUGUGUCAGCUAACUGCUGAUGAUAUGUGAGCAAACCCUCCGGUUUAAAGAUGGUAGAAAUGAAUGUGGCUCUCCGUUAAUCUGGUCUCGAGCGGAUUCUGACAUUUCUCAGUCCGGCUGCAACGUGAGCAGGAAAUCCCGAGCAGAAGGCCCGUCUGUCCCGGUGUUACAGCGGCGCUCAGCGUUGUUUACAUCCGCGCAUUAAAAAUUCAUCGUAUCUGCGUGGAUCUCCUCACGCGCUCCCGCCUGUGUAAGGGGGGCAACAUGACGAGCCUGCGUCAGAGGAAAGGCAGCAGGGGGAAGGAGGCGACUCAGGCUGCCGAAGUUCAGUCCCAGGAGUCCAACUGUUGCACCCAUCACCGUCCAGACAAGAUCCUGCAGGGCGAUUGGUCAUGGGGCGCUAUAAUCUGGACAUCGAUUGGUUGGUCUGUUUCUGUGGGCCUGGGCCUCCUGUGCUCCAUCUACGUGGCCACGCUGCAUGAGAACGACCUGUGGUUCUCCAACAUCAAGGAAGUGGAGAGGGAGAUCUCCUUCCGGACGGAAUGUGGACUCUACUAUUCGUACUACAAGCAAAUGUUGCAGGCUCCAUCCAUACAGGAAGGGCUGUCAGAACUGAUCCAUGACAACUUGACAGAAUCAAAGAGGACCAUCAAUCUUUUACAGCGGAUGAAUAUCUACCAAGAGGUGUUUCUCAGUGUUCUGUACAGACUGCUGCCCUUACAGGCGUAUCUGGAGCCCGUGUAUUUCUACAUUUACACAGUGUUCUCUCUCCAAGCCGUGUAUGUGAUCGCUCUGUACCUCACAGCAUGGCUCUUGGCUGGUUCCUGGCUGGCUGGGUUACUGACUGGAGUCUGGUACAUUCUUAAUAGGGUGGAUACCACUCGGGUGGAGUUCACCAUCUCCCUCAGGGAGAACUGGUCUUUGCCCUUCUUUGCCCUGCAGGUCACUGCUGUCACUUGCUACCUCAGGCCUCAGCUCAGCGCCUUGCAGCAGAAAGUGAUGGUGUGGCUGAUGUACGUGACCACAUGUUGCUUCUGUCUGACGUGGCAGUUCAACCAGUUCAUCCUACUGGUUCAAGCUCUCAUUGUUUACAUGCUGGACAUCGUUGACCUCUUGACAACAACACAGGUGACCACCCUGUACCUGGUUCAGGUAAGCGGUCUGCUGAGCGUUUGGCUGCUGCAGUUCUGUAACUCCAUGAUCCUGGGAUCGCUGGUGCUCAGCUUCAUUGUUGCAGCUCUCUUCAUCAGACACUGCCAGCCUGAUUUGAAGACUGGAGGCCUGCUGGUUCGUCUGGCCAAAGUUCUCCUCCACAGCAUCCUUGUUCUCCUGCUCGCCUUCAUCAUCAACUCCUUGACUAAGAAAGCGCUUCAGCUCAGAUCAGACGAGCACAUUUUUAAAUUCAUCAAGUCAAAGUUUGCCUUGGGGCCGACGAGGGACUUUGAUGCCAGUCUGUAUCUGUGUGAGGAGGCCUUCGGGCUGCUGCCACUGGACACUCUGGAGCGCCUGGCUGGCACCCUGCUGCUGUACCCAUACGUCCCCACUGUCCUGCUGCUCAGUGGCAUGCUGGCAGUGGCGGUGCUGCACAACCUCAGGCCUAAAGGAAGUUGGGAGGAAGAGAAGAGAGCAGCUGCAGGGGGACAGGUGGAUGCUUUCCGGCCAGAUGUGGCCUACAACCUGCUGCACUCUGUGCUCUACGGCCUCCUGGCUUUCAGCACCAUGAGAAUGAAAUACAUUUGGACAGGCCACAUGUGUGCGGUCGCGGCAUAUGGUGUGUGUGGGACCGACCUGUGGACUCUGCUUCUCAAAGCUCUCCGCUGCAACACUAAAGUUCUGCUGCGGUUUAUCAGAUAUGCAGUUCCAGUGCUGAUGAUUGGCUGGCUGUAUUAUAAGUUCUGGCCUAAGCUGAUGGAGGAGCUAUCAGAGCUCAGGGAGUUCUAUGAUCCAGACACAGUGGAGCUGAUGACCUGGAUUAGCACAAAGACCCCGAAGCAGGCAGUGUUUGCUGGAAGCAUGCAGCUCCUGGCCGGCAUCAAGCUGUGCACAGGCAGAGUUCUCACCAACCACCCACAUUAUGAAGAUAAAGACCUGCGGGAGCGGACCAGACAGGUGUAUCAGGUGUAUGCUCGGCGGUCCCCAGAGGAAGUGUAUGACAUCCUGAGGGCGGUGGGGGCCGACUACGUGGUUCUGGAGAACAGCAUCUGCUACGAGCGGAGGCACCGGAGGGGCUGCAGACUGCGGGACCUGCUGGACCUGGCCAACGGACAUGUGCGGCUUUCUGAGAUCAUGGACGGACCAGGUGAGAACGAGGCGGACCUCGUCCCCGCCUCCCACCCUCGCUUCUGCGAGGCCAUCAAGACGGACGCCGCGGCUUACACCGCACUGUUCACCAGCACAUUCCAGAACAAAACCUUCUACGUCUACAGGCUCAAGAAGAAGCGUAAGAAAAGCGGCAAAGCGUCCUCCGAGCCCGGCGUGAAGCAGUAGCGGGACCAGAAAACACCCGACCAGAGGGAGCCCCCUCCCGACUGUACAGAGCUGUGAUCGUGACUUUUAUUUUGACGUUGCUUUGUUGUUCGCUAAGCAUGACUCCAUGAAGUGUGGCGUCAACGCAGCGGGCCACUGAAGUCCAGAAGUCUCACUUUUGCUAUUAGCAGAGAGCUGAAGCAACUCUUAAAAAUGCUGCUGUUUGCUACUGAGAUCAUGUUUGUCUAAGAAAACAGAAAUUAUGAAAACAAAUGAAGAGUUUCUAUAUGACCACAAUAGAGCCCUGAAAGCCAAAACAUCAGGCAGUUAGGAUUUAUUUUAAGAUGGAUAGCUGAAGCGAUAUAAAAUAGAAGUAAAAAAAAAAUAUGAAGGGUUUAACAAUUAGUUUUGUGGUAAUAGAAUAGAUUUGGCUACUUAUUCAGAAAUUCGAUAAAGGACAUUUUUUGGUUUAUUAGUUUCUUAGUUUGUGGAUCUGAGAUUUUAGAUAUUUUCUAAGGCAGCAAAGUGUUUCCACCAAGAACUGAAUCAUUCCAGGCCGUUCUCUGCCCGCCACUCAUCUCAGAUGAUGUUGCCAUGUUCUACAAAGUGUCAAUGCUUACAUUAUGAAUCUCUGAUUGUAUGAGAUGAAGUGUUUCUGGAUGUUUUUCACCAUAUCAGUUCAUCUAAGCAAUCUGCCUCUGUACAGCAGACCUGCUCACACCUAACAUCAGCAAAAACAUCAACCAGCUCUGUGAAUUAUUUAUUUAUAGAGACUAAUCUCUACCGUACUAAGUUUCGAGGACUUUUCAAGCUGCCAAUGUAUCAUGUAUAAACGCCUACCCCCUGUCACCUAGCAACAAUGACUCAAGCUGGGGAAAAGUUUUUCCUGUUCAAUUAAAUUAUUAAAUAGCAUUUUUAUUAUUUUCUCUUUUGUUGGAAAAUCAAAUGGCAUAAACCUAACAAUACAAUCGCUUUAAUCUUUCAUAUUUUAAAUCACCAGAUUUUAAUAUACUUUCAUAUAAAACUGUACUCUGCUAUUGCACUUCCACUUUAUCCGCCGUUGUUUCAAGAAUUAAAAUCUGUUUGGUCUGGGGAGAGAAAAAGAUACUCCAGACCCGUCCAUCAAAUUCAGGGGGAAAAGUAUGGAUUUGGAGGAGCCUUUGAAUUCGGACAGAUUUCGUUGCUUCGCUGUUACCUGGUCAGCCUUCGAAGGCUGCAGCCCUUAAAUUUGGACGUUUCACAAGUUGCAUUUAAGGGUCAAGGUUUCACUGAAAUGACAACAUUUGUUUCAAAACAAAUUGUGGGAACAACUUAUUUGUCCAAAAGGCAAACAUUGAGGAUAAUUAUUCUUUUUUUUUUUUUGGUCACACAUCUGAGGUCAGAGCAGCUUCUUGGUGAUAUUUGUGUCGCCUUUGUUGUUGUGAUUGCUGUCAUGUUUCUCUUUGUGACUCGUCAGCGGCAGCCUCAACCUUUUCACUGCCGUCGCUCCUGCAUACAAACACGCAUGAAUAAUGGAAGCUGUGAGGAAAUUGCAGCAGGCUGACAACCGCACUGAUUCCUCCCCGCAAUUUCCAAAAUAAUUCGGAGGGUUUGCUGAGGUAUGGCAAACACUCUCACAUGAAACCCAGGAGGAAGGUGGAAAAACUGACUCGCGUUAGAGAAAAGUAGAGAAAUGAGAGCAGAUCCAUAAUGAUCUAAAGCCUUAUUGCCUUUAUCCUAUCGGCUUAAGGAAUGGUUCUGAUUGAAACAGAGAUGUAGAUGCCAGUCAGACAAGGCGCUGGAGUGUGUGUGUGUGUGUGUGUGUCUCCUCACGCACCAGCUUUCCACUAUUUGUGUGCAUGUUAAUAGGAACGUCGCUCUUUGAUAAUUUACACCCUCCUGCUUUUGAAAACGUGUUGUUCGUUAACUCCCGUCGUAAUGCAUACCAAUCGGAUCGGCGGCGCUUGUUCUUCGUCUGUCCUGCCUUCAUGCUGGAUGUUUAAUUAAGUAGAUGCUGGAUCGCUUUAUUUGAGAGGGAAGUGAUUCCAUUAUGUUUGCUUAAUAGGAGUGUACUAAUGUAAUAUUUUUCCAGCACUAGUCAUUUCCAUACAUAUUGGGAUUGGCGGUUCUGCUGUCGGGGCCCCUGGUGUUCUGUAACAGACAGGAUGAUUCCUGCUGAAGAACAACAGAGGAGCUCAAGCAGUUUUCUGGCUGUUUGCUCCAGAAUCAGGUAUUUUAAUGUGGAUUUGAAAAGAGCAACAAGGUCAAUGAGCUGCUGGAUGAUGAUGCUCAGCACGGCUGACACGUCAGGGGCAGAAACUCAUGAAACACUAGAAUAUAUUUUUGAAAUGGCAAAUUUAAUUUUCAGCUGGAGUGUUGUUUGGUUUUUUUUUUUCUGUAUGAUUUGGGAUGUGCUGCUGCGCCAGAAUUAAUUAUAUUCUGAGUUUGUUUUGAGCAUCAAACAUAAAGUUCACUGGUGAUGUUUUCAUGUAUCUAAACACGAGUACAGAUACAUACUGUCAGAUGUUUUAGCAUCUCAUUGGCCAACUUGAUCAGGGCUUUGCUAAGAUAUUUAUUCUGUUUAAACAAACAUUUUUCUGUUUAAAUCGUGACAGUUAAUGCCAACACAAAGUCGUGUAUAAUUCAGAGAUGGACUGAAAACGAAACGAGGUUUCAACAUUUUGUAAAGAAAACUUAAACAUUUUAACUCAUAAGGGAUUAGAUACAGAUUCUCAUAUUGAUUUAUGUCUGGACUUAGACUAGGCCACUCUGUUUGAUUAGAACCGGCUACAUGUUUAGGGUCGUCAUGCUGAAAGGUCCAUUUAAACUGGAGCAGCACAAGCAAAUGUGGUGGAUUAGCAGAGCUUUCCAACUACUGAUGGUGAGUCAGGAGAGGUUACUGUGGAAUGCUGCUAGCAUGUUACCCUGUUGAGCUGCUAGCAUGUCAUGACAGUCAUGAGAUAGUCUUUAGUCAGAGGCUUCUUGAGAGUUGUUGAAAGACUGACUGCUACUGGAGAUCCUUCCUGUCCACAUCAUCACCAAAUAUCAAAUAUUUGAUGUCUGACGACAUUUAAGUUUCCUUUGGGAUAAAUAAAACUUUUAUUUUAAUUGAAUGAGUCAUGAGACAAAAUGGCCACCAUAUAUCGUUUUCUUUACGCUGCAACACGACUUUGUGUCGGUGUGUCACAUAGAAUCCUGAUAAAAUAAAUGAACUCUGUUAUAAAAGGCUUAGAAAAAAAUGAAUUCAUAAAUUCACAAAGAGCUACAGAGCUCUUCACCUUCAUUACAUAUGUUUGGUGUUUUCCCUGUGAUGUGAUCAUGCAGUGUUGUGAUAAAUAUGAAAGUGUAAAAAGGAGCAUGUGUAAGAUGGUGGUCUUUGUCUCUUGGACACAUUUAGUACAAACACUGCAGGAAACUUUAAGGAAACAUAACUUGGGACGUCCUCAGAAUGUAUGGACUGUAAUGACAACAUGGCGAAUGUUCAGUCCUGGAUUCACUCGGCUCAUAUGAAGCCAGUACUGCAGAAGUGGGUCAGUUGACUCUGCCAGUUCUCGUGCCAAACCCAUUGUUACCGGAGGAAUCUGUUAUUUUUUACAUGUUAUAUUAAACGCAUCUAUGUUCCGAAAAACUUUGCUCAAUAAAAGUGCUCUCCGCCGCCUC